UGUCUGAUGCAUUUCCUGUUUAUGUUGAGGUUUUAUGAUUGUUGCUGCGGAACCUGAAAAGACCAGUAUCAUGGGGAAGCCAAAUGUUCAGUAACGGCAAAAAAUGAAACUGAAGUUUCUUCUGUUUUGAUAUUUUUUGUCUGAUAUUAUGGCGACAGCCCGACCCCCCGAGAUUGAGUUUGACCACCUGUGGACAGAGGGGGCCGAGUGCCUGACGUUAGAUUUUGGUCCUUUCGAGACAGUUCAUAGAUGGCGGCGGAUGCCGGAGUGUGACGAGUUUGUUGGAGCCAGACGAAGCAAACAUACAGUGGUUGCUUACAAAGAAGCCAUCUAUGUGUUUGGAGGUGAUAAUGGAAAGAAUAUGCUCAAUGAUUUGUUACGAUUUGAUGUGAAAGACAAGUCCUGGGGAAGGGCCUUCACCACCGGGUGUCCCCCAGCCCCGCGCUAUCACCACUCCGCAGUUGUCCAUGAGGGCAGCAUGUUUGUUUUUGGUGGAUACACCGGGGACAUUCAUUCCAACCUAAAUCUCACCAACAAGAAUGACCUAUUUGAGUACCGCUUCGCCACGGGACAGUGGGUGGAGUGGAAAUUUGAAGGUCGGUGUCCAGUCGCUCGAGCUGCCCACGGUGCUGCCAUCUAUGAUUGGAAACUGUGGAUAUUUGCAGGUUAUGACGGGAACGCAAGACUUAAUGAUAUGUGGACAAUCCCACUGACAGAGACUGCCAAAAGCUGGGAGGAGGUUAAUCAGACAGGUGACAUACCCCCGACUUGCUGUAACUUUGCCCUCGCUGUAGCCCGUGACUCAAUGUACGUGUUCUCUGGACAAAGUGGUGCCAAGAUCACCAACAAUCUCUUCCAGUUCAAGUUUGAUGACAAAGAAUGGACUAGAAUCUCGACUGACCACAUCCUGCGCGGAGCUCCGCCCCCUCCUGAGAAGCGGUAUGGUCAUACCAUGGUGGCGUUUGACCGCCACCUCUACGUGUUUGGAGGAGCUACAGGACAGACACUCCCCAACGAGUUACACUGCUUUGACUUGGAUUCCCAGACAUGGUCGGUGGUCGAUCCCUCCAAUGACAGUCAGGUUCCUGCGGGUCGGCUGUUUCAUGCUGCGUCUGUGGUGUCCGACUCUAUGUAUGUGUUUGGAGGGACUGUCGACAACAAUGUCAGAAGUGGGGAGAUGUACAGAUUCCAGUUUUCCAGUUACCCCAAAUGUACCCUGCAUGAUGACUAUGGACGGCUACUGGACAGCCGGCAGUUCACGGAUAUAGACUUCAUUGUAGGAAAGGAGGAGGAAAUCAUCCCAGCUCACAUCACACUGGUGGCUGCCAGGUCGCUAUGGCUACAAGGAAAAAUUAGAGUUGCCAGGCAACAGAAUUUAUUAGAAGAUGAAACAGAAGAGAACAAAGUGUCUAUACAGGUGAAGCUGCCCGAUGCCGACCCAACAGCCUUUGUCAUGGUGCUAUCCUAUAUCUACACAGACAAGAUUAUGCCUACAGGCGACAGACAGGAACACAGCAGUAACGAGGUGAUCCUACUGAUGAUGGAUGUGUACAGACUCUCCCUACAGUUCAAGAUGAGGCGUUUAGAGGAGCUCUGUGUCCAGUACCUAGAGGCUAGCAUAGGGCACAAGAAUGUGCUUGUAGCACUCCAGAAUGCAUCCAAGCUUAGUUUGGACUUUCUUAAGGAGUACUGCCUCAGGUUCAUUGUUAAGGAGAGUAACUGUAAUAUGAUCGUUAUGAGUAAGGAGUUUGAGGACAUAGACAAACCUCUCAUGGUCGAGAUUAUCCGACGCAAGCUUUCUCAACAGACAUGCGCUCGUAUGAUGCCGGACCCACAACCCGAACAUGUUUAUGAUCACUCCCUAGAGAAGGACCUGGAGAUGUUCCUAAAGGGUAGUGGGGAGGAAUUCUGUGACAUCACACUUCAGCUAGAUGGUGUCCCCAUCAGAGCUCACAAGGCCAUCCUGGCAGCGAGGUGUAGCUACUUUGAAUCUCUGUUUAGAUGGAAACCUAACGAUGAUACCGUCACGAUAGCCAUUGGGGAGAUGGUACCGUCCCGACAGGCGUUCAAUAGCCUGCUACGAUACAUCUACUACGGAGAUGUAAUAAUGCCACCGGAGGACUCGCUCUACCUCUUCCCCGCCCCCUUCUUUUACGGCUUCUCCAAUAAUAGACUACAGGCUUUCUGCAAACACAACCUUGAGAAAAAUGUAACGGUUCAAAACGUUGUACAGAUUCUAGAGGCUGCUGACAAGAUCCAGGCACUAGACAUGAAGAAACAUGCCCUGAAUCUGAUUGUGCACCACUUUACCAAGGUGGCUCGUCUGCCAGAGAUCCGUCGACUCAGUAAAGACCUGCUAUUGGACGUUAUAAAGGCCCUGGCUGAUGAGAAGGGUAACCUGUUGUUGUGUCAGGAUGUUUCCAUCGGUAGUCUUACUGAACUUUGAGUGGUACAUACAGACUAAAUUUAAACUUUACUUUAACACCUUUCAUCAUCCCUUUGUAACUUUAGUAGACUCUACCUUGCAAUGAUCUGGAUUGUUCAAUUAUGGUCCACAGUAGUGAAAGGGUUGAACAAGAAUUUUCAAAAAGUGUUUGCACCAUAAGUAUAUGUUUAACACAUUCACCCCUGAAAACACAUUUGAACUCUACCAAUUCAAAGGUUGGGAUAGUUCAUUAUGAAAUUUCAGGGGUGAAUGAGUUAACUCUAUUUGGUGGAACUCUGUUCAAGUUCAUUAGUUCUGUCACGCAUUCAUGUGUGAACAACACUACAAAUCACAUCUGAGUGUUUCCGAUAUGAUUGUAACAUUAUUUUGAAUCUCUACUGAGCAUGUUCUUAUCAUCAAAAGUUUACCCGCAUUUUAAAGCGCACGUAUUGUGUAUAUAUUAGAGUUAUCCACUUCCUGAUGUGUUGCACAUUGGGAGAGGAAUUUUUCCGCAAUUCUAUGUGUCCGAUUAUAAUUUUGUAACUUUGGCCAGCCUGUUGACCAACUAAUCUUACACCGGUGUAUUUAUCAUGAAUGACAUGAACAACUUGUUUUCAAAUAUAGUGAUGCUAUAAUUAUUAAUUACAUUGACGCUUUUAGAUGUCCUAUUUUCGAUCCAUGCGUCUAUCUAGAAACAUAGUUUGUUGUCAUUUUCAUUUUGGACAAGGAGUAGGGUAUAAACGUCAGAUUCAAUAUAAGGUAAAACUCUAGGCUUAGCUUUUGAAGAGCCUUUCAAUUUUCCCACUAAAGCAAACUCCACUGUAGUAGGUUCAAAAUCAUGCGGUACUUGCCUCAAUUUGCUGUUGUUGUCAGUCCUGUAAUCGUAAUGACUCGAUAAUGCAAGUUUUCGCAAUAUAACCUCUUAGAAGUGUAUUAGCGAGUACUGUAGUAUUUAAAACACAACACAAUAGAAAUUUAGUAAAGUUUUGUCAAUGGGUGAGAUCCAAUGCAAGGCUGUAUCAUAGGACAAAAACUCACUUACCCAAGUUCUUUUUUUAUCUGCAUGUACGGUGUGUGCAUUAUAAAUCGCUAGGUAAUUUGGUCGCAUAUGUACCACUUAAAGGCCAAGACAAUGAAUGAGAAAAACAUUGUCUUGGUAAUUUGUGUUGUGUAUCAAAAUCUAUGGUAGUAUACAUAUACCAAUGCAUGUUGAUCGAGAGGUGUAAGUGGUGAACUAGACGGUCAUACUGCGUCGUAUACGUGUGGAUAAUGUGCCAAUUUAAAUAGGACCAGAUCAUACUUUGUUGAUAGGAUGAAUUGUGUAUUUGUUGCAUCCUAAUUUUCAAAAUGAUGUCCUUACUUUGACACUUUUUCAAAGAUAAAAUGUUAGUUGAAUCGAUUAUAUAU